AUGGGAGAGCUUGAGCCAUGGAUCGACGAGAACUUCGUGCGCAACCUUUGGUUUCAAGUAGGCGAGCAAGUUAGCGUUAAGAUGAUUCGAGACAAAUUUUCUGGCAGCAAUGCGGGCUACUGCUUCGUCGACUUUGCCUCUCCCCAAGCUGCCCACAAGGCUCUUCAGCUGAAUGGGACUCCUAUGCCAAACUCCAAUCGGUUGUUCAAGCUCAACUGGGCUAGCGGUGGUGGGCUUGCUGAUCGACGUGAGGAACGUGCUAUCGAGUAUUCGAUCUUUGUCGGCGAUCUUGGCCCCGAGGUCAACGAGUAUGUUCUUGUCUCGCUCUUCCAGAGCCGCUUCCCGUCGUGCAAGUCCGCCAAAAUCAUGACCGAUCCGAUUUCUGGCAUGUCCCGUGGAUAUGGCUUCGUUCGUUUUUCUGAGGAGGCAGACCAGCAGCGUGCUCUCAGUGAGAUGCAAGGCGUUUAUUGUGGCAACCGUCCGAUGCGCAUCUCAACUGCUACUCCUAAGAACAAGGGUGGCGCUGGUAAUAUGAACCACAUGAUGGGUGGUGCCGCUGCCGGCGGCGCCGGGCCCAUGGGCUAUCACCCUCCUCCUCAGAUGCACCCCGGCAAUCACCAGCCCAUGGCACCUUUCUAUGGCGGCCAGCAGCCGAUGAAUCAGUUCACGGAUCCCAACAACACCACUGUCUUCGUGGGAGGUCUUUCUGGCUACGUCACCGAGGACGAGCUGCGUUCUUUCUUCCAGGGCUUCGGUGAGAUUACCUACGUCAAGAUCCCGCCCGGCAAAGGCUGUGGUUUCGUCCAAUUUGUUCAGCGCCAUGCGGCGGAGAUGGCCAUCAACCAGAUGCAGGGUUACCCAAUUGGCAAUUCACGUGUCCGGCUCAGCUGGGGCAGAAGCCAGAACAACUCGGGUCCCGCCGGUACCCCUUACCGCCCAGCGCCUCCUCCACCCAUUUAUCCAUCGAUGGGCAUGCCUCCUGCCCAUCAGUAUGCUAAUUAUGCUCCGCAACAGGUAUGUCCCAACAUCAUUACAUUGAAUCACAGCUAA